AUGGAAAACGUUCCAGCUGGAAUGGCUGAGCAAGAUGAGCAGAUCGAUUUGCCACCGGGGUUUCGGUUCCACCCGACCGAUGAAGAGCUUAUUUCUCAUUACCUGCAUAAGAAGGUUAUUUAUAUCAGCUUCUCUUGUAAAGCAAUAGGGGAGGUGGACUUGAACAAGUCUGAACCUUGGGAUUUGCCUGGGAAAGCGAAAAUGGGAGAAAAGGAAUGGUACUUUUUCUGUGUGAGAGACAGAAAGUACCCAACUGGUCUGAGGACAAACAGGGCAACUGAAGCUGGAUAUUGGAAAGCCACAGGGAAAGAUAAAGAGAUCUACAAAGGAAAAUCCCUAGUUGGCAUGAAAAAGACCUUGGUUUUCUACAGAGGCAGAGCCCCCAAAGGAGAAAAGAGCAAUUGGGUCAUGCAUGAGUACAGAUUGGAGGGUAAAUUCUCUGUUCAUAACCUCCCCAAAACUGCAAAGAAUGAAUGGGUGAUUUGCAGGGUUUUUGAGAAAAACUCUGGUGGCAAAAAAACCCAUAUUUCAGGAUUUGUGAGAUAUGGUGCUGUGGGAAAUGAAAUGGGUCCUUCUGGUCUGCCACCGUUAAUGGAUUCUUCACCUUACAGCUCCAAAACCAAACUCGCCUCUGAGUCCUCUUACGUGCCCUGCUUCUCCAACCCUGAUCCCACUGAUGUUCAAAGAAACCAAGGGAUUGUUGAUUAUGUGAACAACCCUUUUUUUGGUGUUUCUUCAAACAGCUCCAACUUUUUCCCAAGAGCCCCAUUUUCCAACUCAUUCUACUCUGCUCAGUCUGCUCCAGUUGAAGCAAAUUUCCCGUUCCCAGGUUCAGUUUUAAUGCAAAACCAGUCCAUUCUGAGGGCCUUGCUUGAAAACAAUGGUUCAAACAUGAGGCAGAGCUUCAAAACAGAAGGGGAAAUGGUCAGUGUGUCCCAAGAGACAGGGCUAACAAGUGAAAUGAACACUGAAAUCUCUUCUGUCAUGUCCAAUCUUGAGAUGGGAAGGAGGCCAUUUGGUGAUCAAGAGGCCCCAGCAGCAGCAGCUGUUGCAGUGGACCUGGAUAAUUUUUGGAGUUAUUAA